AUGGGCAUCAACAUCGAUCAAUGCGCUCAAGAUUUCGCCUCCAACAAAACGCUACAGGAUCUCUGGAGUUGGACGGGCCCCAUCAUUGGUGUUGUCCGUAACAAUACAACGCAAAUCUCACGAGAAGGCUGUCUACACGUCUGCGGCACAGGAUACGAUGCAUACCCCUGGAAAGACAUCUCGGGCGUCAUAACAACCUGGAUUCUACCCGUCAUCGGCACACUCCUGCAAGCGCCCUUUGAAAGCAACGCGACAUGGCGUACUCUACUCGCCAUAACGCGGUGGGUCGGCUCGCCUAUUGCGUCGCUGUCGUACGUGUUGUGGAAUAUCAAGGUUUCUGCCAAGGCGGCUUUGAUGGUGGAUAUGGCGGUUCGGUACGAUGAGACGCCAGGGCGUGAGACGCACUUUGGUAGUAUGCGCGACUCGAUGUAUUUACUGUUGGUUAUGAAUCAGUAUACGCUUACGCCGACGGCGAGGUUGAGGGAGCUGCAGAAGGAGGCGGAGGGGUUGUUGCGGAUUACGCUGUUUAGUAAGGAUUUGAAGUUGAUUGAGACGAGGAGUGGGAAGACGUUGAGGGAGAAGAGGGGGAAGUUGGCGAGGGAGGUUAGGGAGAUCAGGAGGAGGGGGGCAGUGCCGGUGUUUAUAUCCAUCAUGUGGUUCCUCUUCGCCUUUUCGCUUUCCAUCCAAGACUCCUUCGUCCACCUCGGCGCAAACUCAACUGCCCACGAUCUAGCCCUCGGCUGCCUACUCGCCUGGUUCCCCAUCCUCAUCCUCGGUUCAAUCGUCGACCGGAACCCCAUUGCAGCAGAUGUCAUCCGCAAAAAGCUUAGCAAGCUCGUCGACCAAGUCCACUGCUCACUUCGUGAUAGCGAAAACCGGGAAAAGUUCAUUAGCACCUUCAAAGAUGAAAUCGAUUACCCCGAGCUCAGACUCUGGAUCGAAAAAAUCGCCAACGUGGAUGAGCACUUGUAUUCUCAGAUGCACGACUUCUUCGUCGAGUUUGCGGGCCAGGCGCGUAUAAGAUGGCACUACGGCGCCGCUCACGCCAUUCUAUCCGAUAUCGAGAAUUGUUAUGUGGCUGACAAGGGAAGGAAUUGGCUUGCUAAUGAACAAGAAGCAAGAGCGAGUUUGGUUCUGGGUCGCAUCAACGACGAUGGUCUUAUGUGGUUUGACCUCCGCGAAUUCUGGCAGAUCUGGACCGCUAUCAUCAUCGUUGGAGGGAGCUGUGGUGGCGCAUUCAUCUUGAGCUAUUUCACUCCGACCGUCGGUCUCGGCUGCCGGAGCGGGGGUUACACAAUCUUCUUCUCCGUGUCUCUCGGACUCGUCACUUAUCUGUUUCCCCUCUGGCGCCGCAACACAUAUACUUUCAACAACGGAAUACGAAACGAUGUGGAAAACUUAAAAGACUACUGGGGAGAUAUGACACCACAGAGGAAAUGGGAGCUCUUCUUCUUUCGCCCAGUCGAAACCUUCAACACUAUAUGGCUGAUAUACAUCGUCCUCGCCCAAAUUCUCGGCUGGUACCAAACCUGCGAAUGCAUAACCAGCCACUGGGCCGGCGGCGGCGGCUACGUAGACUUCACCGCACAAGACACAGCCGGGCCGUGGGUCUCGCCUUUCUGGACGACAGGCACCAUUCUCACGAGUACCGUCAUGGGCGGCUCCAUGCUUUACAUUACGGUCGAGUGGUGCCAGCAGUCGUUUUUGUCGACGGAGGUGUAUGCGGAGGCUAUGCGGGGUUUGAGGAGGACGAGGAGGUGGAGGAGGGGGAAGACGUUGGUUUGGGAGAUGGGGGAAAGGGGGGCGCAGACGACGGCUGAACUGGCACAGUACACUAACACUCAUGACCAUGACCGCCCCAACUCCAACACCCACGACAACUUUGACAACAACAACAACAACAACAACAACAACAACAACAACAACAACAACAACAACAACAACAACAACAACAACAACAACAACAACAACAACAACAACAACACAUGGCUUCCCAUACACCAGCCUAGCCCUUUCGUUGAACGCACCCUUUCACCGCCUACCCCAGGCAUGUCGCACAGACGCAACGAAAGCGAUGCUUCGUCGAGCCCAAUGGAUCCUUUGACUCUGCCCCCGCGGCAGAGUGAGGAUUCUUCUUCGCCGUUGAUACGGGUUCCUUCGCAGGUGCUGGUGGUGCAGGGUGAAGGGGCUGUUAGAGGAAGUAGUGAGGGACGGGGUGGGAGUGAAGUCUGA